AUGGAUCCCGAGGUCGAGCUCUUGCCUCAAAGCGUCCGCCUGUUCGACCCGGCGACCUACAGGCCGGCGAUUCACGUGUUACCUCCCGAUGGUCUCCGCCAGUUCCGGAGUUUCGACAAGAGGGUGCCACCAGAGCUGCUUCUGCGCGAGCUAGAGUCUCAUCUGUCUUUCGGCGCUUCUGAGCAUCCCUUCCAGAUUCCUACUGUAGAAGGUGCUCCAACUGGACCAUCCGUUCCUGUUCGAGGGGGAGAUGGAGAGGGCACACCACCCAUCUCCGAUCGCCUAAGGGUUUCGUUCUCACUCUUGAAGUUAGAUUUUAAAGAAGCAUCAAUUCCUAUCAUCCAUAGAGAUGUUAAGUCUACAAAUAUACUCUUAGACGAUAAUUACAUAGCUAAAGUGUCGGACUUUGGAGCAUCAAGGUUUGUUCCCCUAGGCCAAAAUCAAUUAGCCACAGUGGUACAAGGAACUCUUGGAUACUUAGAUCCUGAAUACAUGUUCACAAGCCAGUUGACUGAGAAAAGUGAUGUUUACAGCUUCGGAGUAGUCCUUGUAGAGUUAAUCACUGGAAAGAAGGCAUUGUCAUUCAACAGGCCAGAAGAGGAGAGAAAUCUGGCUAUGUAUUUUAUUACUUGUAUGAACAAUGAUUGCUUGAACCAAAUUAUUGAUGAACACAUGGUAAUUGAAGGAAACAUUGAGGAGCUCAAAGAAGUUGCUAAUCUUGCAAAGAGAUGCUUGAGAGUAAAAGGGGAGGAAAGGCCUUAUAUGAAGGAAGUAGCGAUGGAAUUGGAGGGGUUGAUCAAGAAAAAGACAUCUAGAAAUGAUUUGAAUUCUUCAGAGAUUGAGUACUUGCUUGAUAAGGCAUCAACUGGAUAUGUAGUUGGAGGUUAUAGAAGCAACACAACAACAGCUAGGGUUGAUAGCAUGGUGGAAGAUAUGAUAUUGCAUGGUGGGAGGUGA